AGCGCGCGACGUCACUCGGAUUUCCUGGGCUCCCAUUGUCACUUGAAUGGGCUGUUUCCAGGGUAACAGACAACACAAAGACUACAGGGCCAGUGACAGUGAUGGCACCUGGGCAAUAAUGUCUUACCGAGGGUUUAUGAGCCGGGUUUCUACGGAGGCCAAGGACUUCUACGACCUUAAAAAUGAAGCGGCAGAGUUUUACCGGGUGAACAGAGUCCCCGAGGAGAUAGAGAGAGCUCUGAACGAGCUCUUCUUCCACAAGCCAGAAGACGUUCAUGGUUAUCUGGCAAAUUACUUUACAAACCUAUGUGCACCACCAAGGAUCAGCAGACUGAAGGGAAGGGAGGUUUAUGAUGCAAGAGGACAGCUAGCCAUUGAGGCAGAGGUCUUCUGCAUCGUCUGCAACAAGGAAAAGAGCAUGUCCUCAGCUGCCAUCUCCAGCCACUUCGGUCAUAAGGAGACAUCGCUGGACUGGAAAGCAAAGUGUCAGGAGAUGGCUGACCAUGUGAUGACUGCUGCCCAGUGGAUCAAUGAACCUCUUAACAACAUGCUGAAGGGCCAAAACCCCUGUGACCAAUCAGAUGUUGACCAUAUACUCAGCAAUUUCUUCAUGGCCCACUACCUGGAGGAGAAAGACAUCCAGAACAAGGAGAAGGAGGAGAGUCGUUCACCCAGCGAGGCUGAGGUGGUUUUGUCUUCUCCACUACCUGCACAGACUAAAGACAAGAAGAGUGUUGAUAAAGGCAAAAAAAGCAACACUGCAGAAAAGUCAUUUCUUCCAGCAGAGCCACCAGAACCAGUUUUGCCUGGGAGCUUGGCCAUUGGCUCAGUGUCUCUGGCUGUAGCCAAAACUGGGGCAAAAACACAGGGUAUCUCUCUCUACAGAUACAUAGCAGCUCUGAAGAACAGAGAGGUUCCGACACAGUUUCACAUCCCUGUCUCUUUGGUAACCUUGCUGAGCUGUGGGAAGAUUUCUCCUGGAAAAUUGAGUUUACUGGAGGAAGUCAUCCUGAUCCCCAAAGCUGGACAAAGAGUCAAACAAAUCAUCACAAUGACCUUUGAGUUACAGAAGGAGAUGAUGCGUAUAGUUAACGCUUCAACAAAAGCCGGGGCCACCCAGGCAAUGCUGUGUGACAGUGGAGUGCUGGUUGUGAACUACGAGCGGCCCGAGCAGCCUCUAGAUCUGAUCACUGAAGCCUGUGCUAACUUUGGACUGGCACUGGGAACAGAGAUCCAUUUAGCAGUACACUGUGCUGCCCCUGAGCUAAUGGACUAUUCUAAAGGAAAGUAUGAAAUUGCAACAGGAGUUUUGAAGUCUCCAGAUGAAUUAGUUGAUUUAUACCAAACCCUCAUCAGCAAAUACCCAGCGGUGGUGGCCUUAAUCGAUCCAUUUAGGAGAGAGGACAUUGACCAGUGGGAGAAGCUGAGCAAUGUGAUUGGAAACUCAUGUUCACUGCUCUCUGACAUCACCUACAAGUCAAAGGCCCCGCCCCUUCCAGGAGUCAGAGGUCACAUCUUAAAACACACUCAUGAGACAACAGUCAGUGAUUUGAUCUGCAUCACGUCAGAGCACCAAGGUUCAGUGUUAAUGGGAACGACAUACAGUGAGCCCUGCAGUGAUGACUCUUUGUCAGAUCUACUGGACAGAGAGAAAGGAGGCCAGACAAAGCCAGCGAGAGAGUCUCCGAGGAGAAGCACCCCCCUCCAUUGUUCACUGAAAAACCACAGGAGCGGCCCGCUACUGCAGAGAGUACUCUGUCUGACAUGGCCUGCUAACAGCUUCUGUUCUUAUCCAGAAAGUAGGACUGAUUUAAAAUCUGUGUCAGUGCAACCACAUUAUAUUUUACUUUCAUAGCUAGCAGAUCUGUCAGGAUUUCAUUUAUAAACCCGGCUGGGGUGCAUUCAUCUAGUGUUACCGUUGUGAUUUUUUUCAAACCUGCGGUAAAAAAAAAUCUAUAUGAAGCUGUUCAGAGAGAGGCUAAGUGGGUGAACAUAACCUUCAAUAAAAACAGUCUAUACAACCCCCAG